GAACAUGUUCAUUGAACGUUUUUGUAUUUUGCCUAUGUUGAGAAGAUUACACGACAGUUUAUGCCAACAUGUCAACCCUGGGAUUAGUGUAGUUUUUGUAUUUUUUUUUCUCGUCUAAGAAUAGUCUUUAACGUGAGUGAAGAUGAACACGGCUUUUGCACUGACGCUGGUGUUUGUGGGCUGCUGUAGCAAUGUUGUGUUUUUGGAAGUUUUGGUGAGUGAUUUCCCAGGAUGCGGAAACAUUGUGACAUUUGCCCAGUUUGUCUUUAUUGCCUUGGAGGGUUUCUUCUUCGAGACCAAUUUUGGACGCAAGAAACCAGCCAUACCCAUCAGAAACUAUGUGAUUAUGGUGACCAUGUUCUUCACUGUAAGUGUUAUAAACAACUACGCACUCAACUUCAACAUCGCAAUGCCACUACACAUGAUCUUCCGAUCUGGCUCUUUAAUAGCAAACAUGAUACUGGGUAUCAUCAUACUGAAAAGAAGGUAUUCAUCAAGUAAAUACCUUUCCAUAUUUUUCGUAUCAGUAGGCAUCUUUAUCUGUACCAUCAUGUCUGCUAAACAAGUGAGUGCUGAAAAAGCUGCUACAGAAGAGGAAGGAGUGUAUGCAUUCUUGCACUGGCUUUUAGGUAUUGGCAUGCUGACCUUUGCUCUAAUAAUGUCUGCUUUAAUGGGCAUUUUCCAAGAGACUCUGUACAAGCAGUAUGGCAAGCACUCGAAGGAGGCUCUCUUCUAUAAUCAUUGCCUUCCAUUGCCAGGGUUUCUGCUGCUCUCAAAUGACAUCUAUAACCACGCUGUGCUCUUCAGUCAAACCACUCCUGUGGAAAUCCCUGUGAUUGGUCAAACUGUCCCAGUUAUGUGGCUGCAUUUAGCAAUGAAUGUCAUCACCCAAUAUGUGUGUAUUCGCGGUGUAUUCAUCCUAACCACAGAGUGUACCUCCCUUACUGUUACACUAGUAGUGACUCUGCGUAAAUUUCUGAGCCUCAUCAUCUCUAUACUGUACUUCCAAAACCCAUUCACAGCCUGGCACUGGGUUGGUACAGCAGUGGUGUUCCUGGGCAUGCUGCUCUACACUGAGGUGUGGUCCAGCAUCUGCGUGGCAGUGAAAGGAGAGAAACCGGGCAAGAAAGCAGAGUAAAAAUGAUGAACACAACAGAAUACCUCAGUGUGUGUGCGCGAGUAUGUGCGUGUGCGCGCGCACACGUGAACACAUGCCUAUAGACAUUUUUCCAUAGCAGAUUCCACUGCUAUGUAGCUCCUUUUUACUUUAAAAAUUGUUAAAAAUAAAAGGUAAAUGUAAUUCCCAGAUCCACCCCAUUAUCAGUUGUCUGAUGCAAAAAUAUGUAGUAAUAAGUCUAUAGUAUAAUAGUACAUUUUCAGUGUCUUUGCCAUGAGCCUAAGGAUGGCAUUAUGAGUGCCGCUUAGUUACUGUGUUGUCAACUGAGAUACAAAAUUGUGCGUUUAUUCAGACUAAGUCCAUGUAAUUUAUUCCAGUUGGGAGGAUAAACAUUUCGAACAGAAAUGUGUAAUAAGGACUUUAGUUGAUUGACAUGUACUGUAUACCUUUGUAUUUAUGUUUCAGGAUUUUACUGUUUCCUAAAUGAGUCUCAAGAUGAGUCCCAAUGUCUCAGUUAAAGCACUGAUUUACAGCCCUCAUGCUGUUAAUUACAUUUCCACCUUUCUCUGUUACUAUAAUAAAAUUAGCUUGUGUUCAGUAA